CGGAGGAUUUCGCCAGAAUUUCCCAAGUGAAUAUUAAAUUAACGAGUAGAAAAACGAGAGGUUUUACCCCCACUCUCUGGUCAGGGUCUGUCAUAGCGUCCUAUGCCUGUGAGUGGAAAUGUGCGUCUCAUUCCGUGGCGAAGCUCCAAGUAGUAUCGAGUCACUCGUAAAAUCCGUCUCUCCACCGAGAACCCCAUCAUCAGACAAUAGUCGUCAAUCGUCAAUCGUCAGUUGCAAUACGCAGACGCAAAAUAUCAGUGAAACCAGUUGGUGAUCAUCCCAUUACCGUGAAGCCCCCAAAACCAUCUCCAGGUCAAUUAUUCCCACGAAUUCGCCCAAGUGAGUGAUGCAAACGUAGUGCAAGAGUAAAUUCCCAUCGCCUCGGUGUCUCAUCAACGAAGAUCUACAAUCCAAAAAUUCCUCCAAUAUCCCCAAUUCCCCCAAUUUCCCUUCAAAUAUCCAGUGAACAUCAUCAAUUACCUCAUUAACAACAACACAUUCCGUUGGGUUUUCUCAACGUCAUUAAGGGAUUUCGUAUGCGUUCACGACUCUGGAAUUUUCUGACAAGAACUAUUCCAACGGAAAAAAUACCUGGCCUCGGCGUCCUCCGUGAAAUGAAUAGUGCUCUACGAAAUACGGAUAAUGAUGAGAUUCAUAUGACAACGCCUGAACUCAUAUUCCAUCAUGGCUAUCAAGCAGAGACCCAUCAUGUCUGGACAGAGGACGGUUAUCGUCUGGAGAUUCACCGAGUUGUUCCACCCAUCCCAAAAAACAGGGUGACGGAACCGGAUGUGGAAACAGGAUCGUGGAGUAUUUAUGAAGCCGAGAAAAAGUGCAGACCAACGGUCCUCAUUCACCAUGGACUCCUUUCUAGCUCUGCCGACUGGGUUUUACUCGGUCCAAAACGAGCACUCGCAUAUGUACUUUGCGACGAGGGGUAUGACGUGUGGCUGGCCAAUGCGAGAGGAAACAGAUACUCACAAUGUCAUAAAAAAUUCAAUACAAAGGACAAAGAGUUCUGGGAUUUUAGCUGGCAUGAGAUCGGAGUGUAUGACCUGCCAGCAAUGAUUGAUUACAUCCUGGAUAAGACUGGUAAUCCAUACAUGUCGUACAUUGGCUACAGCCAGGGUACAACAGCUCUCUUCGUUAUGGCAAGUGAACGUCCUGAGUUCAUUGAUAAAAUAAAAGGAAUGGUCUGCAUGGCACCCAUAGCAUUUCUCUCCAAUCAUCGUAGCCCACUUUUGAAAUGCGUUGUACCACUUCACGUCCUGAUGAAAUGGGCGUCGGUGUACUGCAAUAUCAAUCAGUGGUUUCCGAGAAACAAACUUCAGGCAUUUGCACUUGCAACUCUCAUGAGAAAUGCACCUGACAAGUUUGCCCAGACUUUUUGUUAUGGGUGGUUUCAUCUUGUUGCUGGAUUUGGCAGCGAUCAACUUGACAAGGCUAUGAUGCCUGUUGUUUUCGGACACUUUCCGGCUGGGGCCUCGGCCAAGCAGAUACUUCAUUAUUGUCAGACGAUAACGUCAGGUCUUUUUAGGAAAUUUGAUUAUGGGGAGAAGUUAAAUGUGCAAUUGUAUGGAACAGCCGAGCCUCCUCUGUACGAUUUAAAUAAAGUGACUUUCCCCGUUGGAUUGUUUUAUAGUGAUAAUGAUUUCUUGAAUCACACCUCAGAUAUAGAAAGUCUCGCCACUGCCUUGCCAAACGUCAUCGAGAAAUUUAGGAUCAAUUAUUCAAAGUUCAAUCACAUUGACUAUCUUUGGGGCAGAGAUGCUAAAGAACUCGUUUACGACGAUAUUGUCAGAGUUCUAAAAAAAUUCUAGUCUGUCGAAUAUUUUUUAUCAUUUUUCCACAUUACCUCUGUGAUUACGAGGGUGAAUGAAUAUUUUUACAUCGGUAUUUAUGAUUAUAUUUCUCAGUACGAGGAAUUCCGUAUGUGUCCAUGACUCAAGCAUUUCUCUCUGCAUUUUUUCGAACAAAUUUCUUCGGAGAACAGUUACCAGGGGUGAAUAAAUAUUUUCUAUUUAUUGGAGACGAAGAAACAUUAGAUCAAGUUGAAUUAUUUGUAGAACAGAUUGAUGAAUAUAAACGAUUUAAUUAAA